AUGGCAGAUAUCCAAGAAGCGAAGAAGUUUGUUGAACUACUCAUUGCUCGCUUUCACAAAUCAUGCGAUACAAUUGAUCGUGAUGUUGAAGAAUGGUACAAUGACCAACGCCAAGACGACGUUGCUUACUUUAAUCUCAUCUCCACUCAUCCGUCACUUGAACAUCGUGAAAUAGCGUUAGCUACAUUGUAUAAACAUGGAUUUGGUACAUCCCAAAGUACUGCAAAAGCAGUUGAACUGUAUGAGAAAGCUAGUCAAUCUGGAGACGUAUAUGGAGACUGUGAGUUGGCGCGAUAUUACAGAGAGAAGGAAGAUGGAGAAGAUAGUGCAAAGCGUGCGUUGGAAUAUGCUAAAAAGGCAGCCGAUGGCAAUGUGGCCGAGUUGUUCAUUGAAAAGGCGCUGCUAUGGUAUGGCAUUGCUGCCGAUAAGGGGAACGUGCAAGCUCGUAUACGGCUGGAUGAAUAUUCCAAGAUAAUGGCGAAAUGGUAA